GACAUCUGUGUUGAGAACUGACGAUAUUCGGGUCAACUAACAGCUUUGCUUGGGAUGUGGUUGGCACAACAGAAGUCCGGUGUACUGUAUCAGUAUGAUAAUCUUCGGCCCACAAGGAUUGUGACGCCGUUUCCCCCCAAUGUUGCGCUCACUCAAGCAUGCACAGGCUUAGACGAUCUUUGACAUUGAUUAUUGUGCGAUGCAUUCCUCAUCAUAAGUCAGAGCAUGUUCUGAGGUUAUCAGGUGAGGAUAAACCGUUGAUGUUCCUUCACGACGGAUGUUUCCGCCUCGGAAGGCUGAACCAAAAUACCGAAAACAUAUACAGCUCCCAAACGGUUACUAUUCACCUGCUCAGAUUUCCAGUAGCGCAGUGGCUCUUCGCGGUCAUUGUCAUACUGUCUCUCCAAAGUCAUUGUCGUUUAUUGCAGUGGGUGGUGCGUCACGACGAUGUCCAGGUUUUGUGGAUAUUGAUUAUGUCAUAAAGUCGUAAUCUUGGAGCGCGCUGCAAGUUCCAGGUCCAUGCCGAACA